AUGCCUGAAAUUGAAAUUGUUUAUGAUAAAAAUGAGUACAAUUUUGAAGAAUUAAAAGAAAAUGAAGAAGAAAAAGAAAUUACCCAGUUUAAAACUAGAUGUAAUCUUAUGGGAAAUUGGGUUGGUGGUGGUGGUGGAGAACGUCAUUUUAAAGAAAGAUAUUGUUUAAGACCAAGAGGAGGAGGACGAGCAAUUAUAAUUCACCAACAUUAUACCCAUGUUGUAUAUCAUACAAUUGAUAACACUGAUUAUACCAGAAUUCAAGAGCUUGAAACCCAAUUUAAUAAUCGUACUAAUGAACUUAACGAUUGCAGAAAACAUAGAAAUAAAGUCAAAAUUAAAAUUAACGAAAUCAUCACCAGUUACCUUAAUAUGAACAUUAGUGAAGUUGAAAAUAACAAUGAUGUUGAAAAAUUAAACACUAUUCUUUAUGGUGUUAUCAACCAAGUGAAUGAAUGCCUUAAAUUGCUUGGUGUUAAGUUUAAUGAAAAUGAUAGUUUGAUGGAAAAAUUAAAAAAAUUAGUAAAUGCAUGCAAGGACCUUAUCUUGACCGGUCCUGUUCAAGAAAGAUUAUGGAAAUGCUUAUGUUAUGUAAAUCAAUAUAAAUGUCCUAGAACCUUUGAAGAAUUCGUUUCUAACUUUGAUAAAAACAUAGAUGAAUUGACAAAGGCCUGUCAUGGAAAUAAAAAACAAGAAUUAAACAAUGAUGCAAGAUACAAGAAUAAAGCAUUUGAACCCAAACCUAAUAUUAGUUUUGUUGGGAAAUUAAGCAGAUGCCAUUAUUAUAUGGUUGGAAAAAGUAAGGAAACAAAUGUUGUGACCAUGGUUGAUAAUUUGUUACAAGCAUGUAAAAAUAUUUACUGGAUGUCUCCAGGUUAUGAUCUCCCAUUUGACAAAUAG